AUGAGCUCCCUCAAGCAGUUCAUCCGCAACGUGCGUGCCGCGAAGACCAUAGCCGAUGAGCGAGCUGUUAUCCAAAAGGAAAGCGCAUCGAUUCGCGCCAGUUUCCGGGAGGAGAGCGCAGACCACAGCGUCAGGCGGAACAAUGUUGCAAAACUCCUCUAUCUCUUUACGCUCGGUGAGCGGACACAUUUCGGUCAGAUCGAGUGCCUCAAGUUGCUUGCUUCUCCCCGCUUCGCCGAUAAGCGGCUAGGACAUCUUGCCACGAGCUUGCUUCUUGACGAAAACCAAGAGGUCCUGACUCUCGUGACCAACUCACUCAAAAAUGAUUUAUCACACUCGAACCAAUACGUCGUCGGCCUCGCCCUUUGCACCCUCGGCAACAUCGCUUCCAUCGAAAUGUCGAGAGAUCUGUUCCCCGAGAUCGAGAACCUCGUGUCCACCGCGAACCCUUACAUUCGACGGAAGGCUGCUUUAUGUGCCAUGCGGAUAUGCAGGAAGGUCCCAGACCUGCAGGAGCAUUUCAUCGAUAAGGCGUCACAAUUGCUGUCGGACAGGAACCAUGGCGUACUGCUGUGCGGGCUCACCCUAGUCACCAGCCUGUGCGAGGCCGAAGAGCUCGAAGGUGGGGAAGACGGCAUUAUUGAGAAAUUCAAGCAAUUCGUCCCCGUCCUCGUAAGGACAUUAAAGGGGCUGGCGUCGUCUGGUUAUGCCCCGGAGCACGACGUCACCGGCAUCACAGAUCCAUUUGUACAGGUCAAACUUCUACGGCUGCUCCGGGUUCUAGCGCUUGGCGACGCCCAAGUCACGGAACAGAUCAAUGAUAUCCUGGCCCAGGUUGCGACCAAUACCGACUCGUCCAAGAACGUUGGCAACUCGAUUCUCUACGAGGCCGUGCGGACCAUCCUGGAUAUUGAGGCGGACUCGGGCCUGCGCGUUCUUGGUGUCAAUAUCCUUGGCAAGUUUCUGACCAACAAGGAUAACAACAUCCGCUACGUUGCCUUGAACACCCUGGUCAAGGUCGUGGCUAUCGACACCAAUGCCGUACAAAGACACCGAAAUACGAUUUUGGAGUGUCUGAGGGACCCGGAUAUUAGCAUCAGGCGUCGAGCCCUGGACCUUAGCUUUACCCUCAUCAACGAGAGUAAUGUGCGGGUGCUCAUCCGGGAGCUGCUUGCCUUCCUCGAGGUGGCCGAUAACGAAUUCAAGCCGACCAUGACCAGCCAGAUUGGCAUUGCUGCGGAUCGGUAUGCCCCGAACAAGCGGUGGCACUUUGACACCAUGCUGCGCGUCGUCACGUUAGCCGGUAAUUACGUCAAGGAGCCGAUUCUCUCAUCCUUCGUCCGUCUCAUCGCUACCACCACCGAACUUCAAACAUAUGCUGUGCAAAAGCUCUACGCAAACCUCAAGAAGGAUAUCACUCAGGAGAGUCUGACACAAGCAGGCGCCUGGUGCAUCGGCGAGUAUGGCGAGGCCCUUCUUCGGGGCGGUCAAUAUGAAGAGGAGGAACUGGUCACGGAGGUAAAGGAGCACGAGGUUGUUGACCUAUUUUCGACGAUCCUGAACAGUAACUACGCCAGCCAAGUCACGACCGAGUACCUCAUCACAGCACUGGUGAAACUUACAACGAGGUUAUCGGAUGCUGCCCAGGUCGAGAGGAUACGUCGCAUCCUCCAAAACCAGCAGACAAGCUUGGACGUGGAAGUUCAGCAACGUGCCGUCGAGUUUGGUAACCUGUUCUCGCACGACCAGAUCCGCCGGGGCGUACUAGAGAAGAUGCCGCCGCCUCAGAUCAAGGAAGAGUCGCGUGUGUUGGGUGAGGCGGCUAAGAAGACUACCAAGGCAGCAAACCGCAAGUCCAAAGCGGUCAAGCCAAAGGAGGAGGACCUUCUCUUCGACCUCAUGGGCGACAGUAGCGGGCCAGCGCCAGCACCGACAAAUGGGGCAGGGAACGCCGAUUUGCUGGCCGAUAUCCUCGGCGGCAGCUCCACCUCACCCGGUCCCGCGGCCGGCGCACCGCCUCCCGGCCAAUCCAACGUAGCAUCCAUCAUGGACCUGUUUUCCCAGGGACCCGUUUCUACACCAUCACCGGCCCAGAGCGCACCCGCCUCGCACCCACCGUCAAGCGCCGAUCUCUUUUCCACAGCAGCCUCGCCUCCUCCCCAAGCAGCCCCCGCUGCCGCUGCCGCUCCCGCGCCCGCGGGCCAUCCCGUCUACGACACCAAUGGCCUGAACAUCACGAUCCAAACGCAAAGAAACGCCGAAGGCACGAUCCAAGCCACGGCCCGAUUCCGUAACUCGUCGCCCGCGGGCGGGCUGUCUAACGUCGGACUCCAGGCGGCCGUGCCCAAGACGCAGAAGCUGCAGUUGUUGAGCAUUUCGUCAACCGAUAUUGGGCAAGGGGCUGAGGCCACGCAGUUGAUGAGGGUUGCUGGGUGCAAAGGGCCUCUGCGAUUACGUCUCAGGAUAGGGUAUUCGCACCCGACGGCUGGACAGGUGAUGGAUGUGGUCAACUGGACGGAGCCGUCGUGA